UCAUUCGGUGCGAACGUCGCUAGAGAGAGCAAAAGGCCGGCCAGCCGCAUAGGCUAGCCGUUAUGGCUAAUCCUAAUGAUCUUUAUUCCAUCCCAGAGGCUACGGGACCGGCUGUCAAAUUGACCAAUUCUGCGGGUGCCUCUAACGGCUACUCACCGGUGGAAACCAUGCGGAGAUAUAUGGACUCUUUACCGCAGGACUUUACUGUGAAGGAAGAACUGACAGAUCAACAUUUUUGGAAAGCCGUGAGAACAGAAUUCUUGGCUACUUUACUGCUGACCGUCCUGGGAUGCGGGUCGUGUCUGAGAUGGAAGGCCCCACCAGCUGAUCAAAUGACAGCUUCGGCCGUCGAACUGCGUGUGGCUCUUGCUUUCGGUCUCGCCGUAGCCACUCUAGUUCAGUGUGUAGGCCAAGUUAGCGGGGGGCAUAUGAAUCCUGCAGUGACUGUCGCUUUGCUUGUUACACGUCAUAUCAGUUUGACCAGGAGUGCAGCUUAUGUGACAGCACAGUGCCUGGGAGGCCUUGCUGGAGCCGGAAUCUUAUAUGGACUUACCCCGCACAGCCAAAGGCCCAGUGCGGGACUUGGUGCCACAGAACCCGCAGUUGGGGUUGCUGCGUCCGAAGCUUUUGGAAUUGAGUUCCUUGCUUCAGUGGUAGUAGUCAUUACGGUGCUCGCUAACAUGGAUCCACACAGAACUGAGAUGGGUUUCAAAGCGCUGUCUAUUGGUUUCUCCUAUGUGGUGGGACAUUUGCUGGCG